AUGUCCACAAUCAACAUCGUCAAAUACUAUUUCUAUAGGGGAAUGAUGCCCGAAGACAAGGAGCUUCUGAAAAAUAUGGUUUCGCUCGCCUACCAAACUGCCAGAGACAGAAAGCUUUAUCCCAAGGCUAUUCUCAUUAGGUCUACCUCGAUUAAUGGAAGGCAUCAGGAAGAUCCUAAUGGCUGGCAUCUGACCUUCUGCUACAAGGAUCAGGAGCAGCUCAAGAGCAACGUACACACGGCUUGCCAUGGCUAUACUCCAGGAAAAGACGUCUGGCAGUUGGUAAAAUCUACCCACGCGGGGACCAAGCCUGAUUCUGUGUUGAAGAUGAACGGCAAGCCAGUGUGGCCAUCUGAAGACGAGCUGGAAGUUGCUCCUGAAAUUGGUUACGGCCAUAUUCCCUCCCCAGGAGACUGUUGA